AGGUGAUGUCUAAUGAGUCUUGCGAGCAUUUGCAGAAUUUAUUUAGUCGCAUCAACCAUUAUUUUCGUGAUGACAUCGUUCUGAACGGAACGGAACAUGCAUCCAAAGAGCUUGGCUACGCAAUAACAGCCGCAUAUUUGGUUGUGAUAAUAUUCGGAGCCUGUGGUAAUUUUCUCACUAUGCUGGUCGUUGUUCUGAAUCCAGCCAUGCGAACAACAAGGAAUUUUUUCAUAUUUAAUCUGGCUCUGUCAGACUUUUUCGUAUGCACAGUAACAGCUCCGAUGACAUUAUAUACAGUUCUCUAUAUGUUUUGGCCGUUUGGUACGGCUCUGUGUAAAAUUGCCGGUUCACUGCAGGGUUUCAACAUAUUUCUGUCUACGUUUUCUAUCGCAGCUAUAGCUCUUGAUAGAUAUGUAUUGAUAAUCUUUCCUACAAAACGUGAACGACAGCAAAAUUUGUCGCUGAUGUUCUUCGUUUUCAUUUGGGUUGUGUCAUUGAUAUUAGCUGUGCCACUGCUGAUUGUCUCCGAUUUAAACACCAUCUAUGAAGAUCCAUCAUGUGGUAUAUUUCUACGAUUAUGUCAUGAACAGAAUGACAUUUGGCAAUCAAUGAUGAUCUCCAAGCAAGCCUAUACUCUUUCUGUUCUGGUAACUCAAUAUGCGUUCCCGUUAUUUUCCUUGGUUUUUGCCUAUACGCGAAUAGCUCAUCGUAUGAAGUUACGAUUCGCGAAUCGCAAUGUUGCUUGUCCAAAUUCUCUGACUGAAGAUCAGCGCAGGAGAUCCGUUGUCGAACGUCAGCGACGAACUCAUUUACUGCUCAUGUGCGUCGUAGCCGUAUUUGCUAUCGCAUGGUUGCCUUUGAACGUCUUCCAUAUGGUAAAUACAUUUGAAUGGGUUUCACUCUUCUCCGUCUCAACAUUUGCCGUUUGUCAUGUAGCUGCAAUGUGUUCUGCUUGUUUGAAUCCGCUUAUCUAUGCAUUUUUCAAUCACAAUUUCCGGACAGAAUUUAUCGCUCUGUUCGAGAAAGUUGGACUACGGAAGCUAUGCCGUGUCGUGCUCACAUGGGAAGAAGAUCGAACACGAAAGAAGGGUAUCGAACGAGAUUCGAAGACUAUUGUGUCCAAAACUAAUGGAGCAACCCCCUGUGUGCUCAGCGCUCAACAAGAACGACAUUUGGAAGAGAGCCUCGCUCUAAAUCCGGAUACUGACGAACAGCUCUAAAUGUAUUGCCUGUAAAUUCUAUCUGCAAUAAUUCGCAUUGCUACUCGUGUAAUUUCUGGUUGCUUUUAUGGAUAUGAGGUU